CAUCAGAUUACUGGGUCCGUCCUUAUUUUGUGAACGAACAACUUUGGUCUAACUGGUUCAACCGUUUUGAUCGCGAUAAACGAAUGCGGCCCGGCUAUGAGGAAGGAUUUGAUUCCUGAGCGGAGUGUUGUAGCUACCAACUAUGGAACGUCGCCUAGUGUAAGGGACUAUUCCCUGCCAACUCUGAUUGACCUGACGGGGUUUGAAAACCAAGACGAAGAAAUCACAAAGGAGGUUCUCCGACUGAUAUUUUACGGUAAAUUAAGGAACGCAAGUAACUUAAACUCAGUUUACAGAUUUGGAAAGACCUUCGGUGUCUGGGCACUGCGUUUGUGGUAUGGCGUGUUAUGCACAGAAAACCAUUUCAAGGUUAAUCGUGUGGUUAUAGUGUCCUCGGCGAACGAGGAGGUGCCGGAAGGGCUUUUCAAUGGUGUUAUGGAGGUAGUCCGGCCCACGGACGACGUCUACAAUAGAGGGUGUAUUUUGGCUAUGAAAUCGCCAUUCUUCUUCACGGAUGGAGGUGAUUGGUCUGCUGGGACGAACUUCUGUGAGGUGAACUAUGGGCGAAUGCUGACAAUAGACUCCCAGACCAAGUACGACUUUGUCAUGGCAAUGGACAGACAGUUCCACAAAAGUUUGAUAUUAACCAACAAUAUAUACAUCGGCCUGUUUACCGAGAAAAACGACUGUACUGAUUAUGUGUGGACCGAUGGUAAACCAUUGAAUUGGAGUAAAUGGGACUUGUCACAUAAUCAGCCUAGGGACUGUGCUAGUAAGCAAUGCAUUUUUCUGAAAUAUGGACUGUUCCGAACAGGAUUAUGCUCAGAGAACAAAAUAGCCGCCUGUGAGUAUGGUGAAUUCCUUCAUAACUCCAGUCUCUUUAUUACCUCGAGAAUCAUGCCGUGGCGUGUCGGCUACAUGAUGUGUUCGUGGAUUGGCGGUCGACUUGUCGUUAUCGAUGAUCAGAAGAAACAGGACCAGAUCACUUUGAAAAUACGGGAUCACUCCGGGGCCAACGUAAGUGUGGAUACACACUAUUGGAUCGGUCUGAUCACGCCCACAACCAGUUGUGAUAAUCUCACAUGGGUCGAUGGUACGGCAGUAGGUUGGGAAAACUUCAUACAAACUUCUGAAUGUGGAGUAACAAAAUGUGUGGUAUGGAACCAACAAAGAAAUGGAUGGCUCACCAGUGUUUGUGACGAUUACCAUGAGGCAAUCUGUGAAUACGGAUAUGACCACAUGGAAAACUUCUUCUUCGGCGAAGGGUUCAAGACGGCAUCCGGAGCUGAUUCCCAGUGCAAACAGAAUGGUGGCAUAUUAGCUACAGUGGAUACCACCAAACAAUACAUACAGGCUUUGGUCAUGCUGUCUAUUCAUCUCUAUAUUAGUGCAUGGGUCGGCCUACGAGCGGAUUCCUACGACUGCAAGAACUACAAAUGGACAAAUGGGAAUCCACUAGGUUGGGUCAAUUGGUCUCCUGGUGAACCAAAUAAUUGUGCUAAACAGUUCUGCGUGAGAUUAACUGAGAACGGAUUGGGUACAUCCCACUGUUAUAACUACGAGACAGUAGCACUAUGUGUCAAAGUGAACUCGACCACAACCCAAUCGACAAAUUCCGUGACAGCGAGGCCAGCGGAGAAACCUACCACUACUACCGAGAAACCUACCACCACUACCGAAAAACCUACCACCACUGCUGAGAAACCUACCACCACAGACGCCAUCACCGCCAAUGUUUCCUGUGAUUGUUGUACAAGAACACGUACAAAUGUCACACAGCCGAGUCACGCCGAACUACUAGAAGUCAUUAUACAGCUGAAGGCGGCGCUAUCGGUGAAUAAGAACAAUACCUCGACCUAUCGACGUAAACUUGUUAGCGUGUACGAGUCAAGACCCUCUAGUAUGGUCAUGGGGGGCGUGGCAUGUAUAAUUAUGUCAGUUGUGAUUAGCUGGGUGGUCGUGCCGGACUUUCUCACGCUGUUUGUAUUUCUUUUCAAACGUGCUAGCAGAUAAAACAUCGACACACGAAAAUUCUUAAACGAAAGCAACGAAAUGCAGUCUUAUUGUCCUUGUAUGCAUAUUACAGUGAUAUGUAUUCUUUUGAACAAAUGUUUGAUCUUUACUGACGACGGCUACUGAAAUAGGUUAGUAAACAACGCAUACAUCCCUUUGAUAAUGUAUGUAUAAUUCCUGUCAACGUUCAGUGCGAUGGUUUGUUUGAUCGUUGUUUAAGGUCGUUGCAAUAUCUAAGAUUAUUUUAGGGCGGGUAUCUAGGGAGAUGCCGCCAAAACGACAGAGUAGGGAAUAAUAUACAUAAUUUGAUAAUGACAUACAAUAUCUGAUAUAGCGCCCUGUCUAGAUAGAAAAAGCCACUCUAAAGCGCUUUACAUUGCAUAGAUAUACAACUUAUACAAUAAUAAUAA